AUACCCGGAAGACCGACACAAUCUGGUGAACAUCCCAGAGUACAAGAAUUGCGGGAAUUAAGUAAGUGGAGCGACGGGCAUAUAUGGAUUAGCCCUGAGCAGCAUGGCAACUUGACGGGCAUCUUCAAGCAGCAGAUUGACUGGAUCCCAUUAUGCUCCGGCUCAGUGCGUCCUACUCAUGGAAGAACUUUGGCCAUUGCCCAAGUAAGCGAAGGAUCAGUCUUUCAACGCUGUCGACUCGCUUCGGAUACUCGGAUGGUGGAUGCGCAUGUUUGCCAUUCCCAACCAGAGCUCGGUGCCAAAGGCAUACACGCAGUUCACAUCUGAGCCUGAGGGCAGCCGUAUGCUUGCCAGCUCAAACCGCGACCGCCUCGUUGAUUGCAUGGAAGAGCUUGUGAAGUAUACCAUCGUCAUGAGACCCCAUUUUGACUUGUUUGGGGAUCGAUUCAGUGAGCGCGAGGAGCGCAGGGCCAAGGAAGCAAAAGGGAAAGUGUGAAAGUAGGCGGCACGGUAUAAAGAUUUGUGUUUCAUAUUAGAAUAGAGCUCCCCUGUCGAAAAGCAACCGGCAGAACCCUGUCGGCCAUAAAAGGGAUUGAAUGGUCUUGAUGGUUGAUGGAGUUAAAUGGCAAGAGCGUAUCUAAUUUUGCUUCUCUCCUGUUCGCGAAUAUGUUUGCUUAUUCGUCAGUGUGAUGGAUGGCGGCGGUACAACAAACCUGCAGGUGCAUGGCGACAUAAUGUUCAGCCGGCAAGGUACAGAUGUUCCAUCAACGUGCCCAGCUAAGCCCAUCGCUUUGCGGAUAGCAUCGUCAGAACGACAUGUUGU